CCGAGCGAUCGAUGGAGCUGCAGUUGGUGACGGCGAUUCAUCCUCGGUGCCCCGGCCAUUUCCGUGCCGGCUCUGAACGGGAAUUAGGCAUUAUCUUCUCCCUCCUUCUUCUCAUUGGGCAAACAAAAGCAACACCUGUGUGAAAAUAUGCCUCCAAAAUUCAAGCGCCACCUCAAUGAUGAUGAUGUUACUGGGUCAGUGAAAAGUGAGAGGAGAAACCUGUUGGAGGAAGAUUCAGAUGAAGAGGAGGAUUUCUUCUUGAGAGGGCCGUCUGGUCCAAGGUUUGGACCCAAGAACGAAAAGAUCAGGCAUGUCCAAAACCAGGUUGACGAAGUCAUUGAUGUCAUGCAAGAAAACAUUACCAAGGUGAUAGAAAGAGGAGAGCGGCUGGAUGACUUGCAAGAUAAGUCAGAGAGCUUAUCAGACAACGCAACAGCUUUUAGCAACCGGUCUAAACAGCUCCGAAGGCAAAUGUGGUGGCGAGGCUGCAAGAUGAAGAUCAUUGUGGCUUUGAUUGCUGUUGGGGUCCUGCUAGUGAUUAUUGUUCCCAUCAUCCUCAAGUACCACACUUGAAUUGCCGGAGGAGUUUGCUCUGGACAUGGCUUUGGGAUGACAGCGAAGCAAAGCAGCCGCGGGCUUUCAGUGGAACAUGACAUGUAUAUAGCUUUGAAAUGUUUCUUUCCUCGGAGACAAGUGACCCUGUUCUGAUGAGAGCAUUCAGAGGACCUGGCAAAUCACCCUCAUUCUCCAGCCAAAAAUUCAUCAACUUUUGUGUCAACUUUGAAUCAAAAACCUCACCGUCUGUCUGCUGAAGGGAAACCCCGUAUGGAGCCAGAAACUUACCGGUGUAUUUCUCUCUCUCUCUCUCUCUUUUUUUUUUACAUUGUAUAUAUUGCUACCUGUGAAUGAUGUUAUUUAUAAUUUAAAACAAUUUCCUACUACUGCUGGCAGCGGUCAGUGUUGGAAGAGUAGGGGGUGGGAUGAAGAAUAUAAUGUCUAUAUCACUGUUUUAAGAAAAACCUCAUUGUUGAGUUGAAUGACUGCAAGGAUGUCACUUUUCCCCUCACAUUUUUUUGUUCCAAAACUAACUCGAUUUUGCAAGCAGAUUUUCUGUACUUGUAAAAAGGGAUCCAGAAGCUCCAUGUUUUCGGUAUUACUGCUUAUGAAUGUGACCUAAAAAGCAUUCCAGUAAAAACCUAUUUUUGA